ACGUGAUAUGUUUGUGUGCAAAUGGCGUCGAAGAAAGAAAGUAGAAAAGGAAAGGCUAGAAGGGCAAAGGAACGUUUCAAAGCGUUAUCACAGGCUGGUCUAACCGCGAAGCAUACAAAGAGAAAUGUUACCAAUCCCGAUGAAGAGCUUGAAUUGAUUGCGCAACAGGAAACUAAUGAUGUUAUAACUUACCAUCAAUGUACAAAAUGUGAUGAAAUUUUUCAACAAUUAGAUGAUUUAGAAAACCACUACAAAGUCCAUGCCAGGGAAGAGAAAACUGAUGAUGUAGUUAAAUCUUGCCAUGUUCAAUUUAUUAAAAAAGAGAAAACUGAUGUAGAUGAAUAUUGUCGUGUUAAAGAAGAGAAAACUGAUGAUGUAGAUGAACAUUGCCAUGUUCAUUUUGAAGAAGAGAAAACUGAUGAUGUAGAUGAAUAUUGUCAUAUUAAAAAAGAGAAAACUGACGAUAUUGAAGCAAUUUAUCAGUGUAAUUUGUGUGAUAAAGAAUUUAAAUCAGAAACUGAUUUAGAAAAACAUUGUGAAGUACAUGUUAAGAAAGAGGAACCUGUUUUACAACAUGGUAAAAAUUUGAAGACAAGUUUUAGUGAGAAUAAUGAAAAAGAGGUUCACAACCCAGAAGAGUUUAAAAAGUGUGAUGUUUGCAGCAGGACCUUUAUUAACAAAUAUUACUUACAAAAUCAUAUGAGAACCCAUACCGUAAAGAGACUCUACAAAUGUGAUGUUUGUGGUAAAUUAUUUAUUAACAAAGAUUUCCUUGAAAUUCACAUGCGCCGCCACACUGACGAAAACCGGUUUAAAUGCGAUGCUUGUAGUAUAUCAUUUAAGGACAAUAGUGAUCUGCAGAAACACUGCAGAAUUCAUUCCAGGGAAAAACCUUAUAAAUGCGAUGUUUGUAGUAAAUCAUUUAAUAACAACAGUCAUCUGCAGAGACACUCCAGAUUUCAUUCCAAGGAAAAACUUUAUAAAUGUGAUGUUUGUAGUAAAUCAUUUACUGAAAACAGUGAUCUGCAGAAACACUCUGGAUAUCAUUCCAGGGAAAGGUCUUAUAAAUGUGAUGUUUGUAGUAAAUCAUUCAUUGGUGAUAGUCUUCUACAAGGACACAUCAGAACUCACACAGGUGAAAAACCAUAUAAAUGUGAUGUUUGUAGUAAAUCAUUCACUGAACAAGGUGCUCUAAUGAGACACAUGAGAAGUCAUACUGGCGUAAGACCUUUUAAAUGUGAUGUUUGUAGUAAAUUAUUUGUUCAUAAAAGUAGUCUGGUAAAACAUGCGAGAAUUCAUACAGGAAUCAAACCAUAUAAAUGUGAUGUUUGUAGUAAAUCAUUUACUCACAAUAGUUAUCUACAAAAACACAUCGGAAGUCAUGGUAGAGAAAAACCUUUGCUUGCGCAUUACAAAGGGAUUCAUACAAGAGAAAAAUCGCUGAUUAAUACCUCGUUAAUCGAUUAUCCAGUCCAAAUGUCUACUUAAUCAAGGAAACUAAUGAUGUUAUAACCUUUCAUCAGUGUGUUGUAUGUGAUGAGAUUUUUCAACAAUAUGAUGAUUUUGAACAACACCAUAAAGUUCACAUAAAGAAAGAGAAAACAGGUGAUGUAGAUGAAUAUUUUCAUGUUAAAGAAGAGAAAACAGAUGAUGUAGAUGAAUAUUUUCAUUUUAAAGAAGAGAAAACUGAUGAUGUAGAUGAAUAUUUUCAUUUUAAAGAAGAGAAAACUGAUGAUGAAGAUGAAUAUUGUCAUAUUAAGAAAGAGAAAACUUCUGAAGAUAUUGAAACUGUUUAUCAGUGUAAUUUGUGUGAUGAAGAAUUUAAAUUAGAAACUGAUUUAGAAAAACACUGUGAAAUACAUGUAAAAGUACCAGAUGGGGAGCCUGUUUUACAAUAUGGUAGCCCUACAAAACAAGACGACAAAUAUACAAAAAAUCAUGGAGACAAAACAACUUUUGAAUGUGAUGUUUGUGGUCAAACAUUCACUUUUAAAGGUAAUCUACAGCGACACAUGAAAACCCAUACGAGAGUUAAACCAUAUAAAUGUGAUGUUUGUAGUAAAUCAUUCACUGAACAAGGUACGCUAACGAGACAUAUCAGAAUUCAUACAGGUGAAAAACCUUAUAAAUGUGAUGUUUGUAGUAAAUCAUUUAGUCAGAAGGGUAACCUACGGCAACACAUAAAAACUCAUCCUGGCGAAAAACCAUUUAAAUGCGAUGUUUGUGGUAAAAAAGUGAUUGAUUCGUCCGCUCUUCGAAGACACAUGAUAGUUCACAUAGAUGAAAAACCAUAUCAUUGUGACAUUUGUUUUAAAUCAUAUGCUCAAAGUGGUUCUUUACAGAGACAUGCAAGAAGACAUGCCGGGGUGAAACCUUAUAAAUGUGAUGUUUGUAAUAAAUCAUUUAAUAGGAAACAUAAUCUACAGAUCCAUGUGAGAAUCCAUAUGGAAGAAAAUACACGUCCACAGAGUCACGUGCGAAUAUAUACUGGUGAAAAACUUUUUAAAUGCGAUGUUUGUAGUAAAUCAUAUUUUGCAGAAUGUAAUCUCCAAACACAUAAGCGAAUUCAUACCAGAGACAAGCAUUAUUUGUUGUAAAUCAUUUUCUCAGAGACUACAAAAUGAAAUGAAAUUGUGUUUAAAUCUUCUACUGUUCUGCUCCAACUGGGCUAAUGAAGACGGGCAUACUCCAUACAGUGUGCUAUGAGGGAAAGUUUGCCCGGGCAGCGACACGAUGGCCUACUCAUAUAUUGAAUUUCAACUGCCAAGGGAUCUUUUAAGUACAUGCCAAUGUAUACAUGGGACCUCGGUUUGUUGUACUAUUCGAACGACGAGACACCUGUCUUUGUCUGGCCCUCCAUCUUUCACCACUGACAAGGGGAAACCGAGGUCCCGUGUAUAUAUUGGCAGUUGGAAUUCGAUAUAAGAGUAGGCCGUAGCGCCGCUGCCCGGGCAAAAUUCCCCCCAUAACACACUGUAUGGCGUAUGUCCGUCUUCAUUAGCCCAGUCGGAGCAGAACAGUAGGACCUUAAACCCUAUUUCAUUUCAUUUAAGAUAUCAUUUUAAUUUGUUCAAUGAAGAAUCCUAUUGAAUUUCAGCGAUUUCCCUUAAUCCUUGAGUUGUAGAACCUUGUGAACAAACUGUUACAAUGCGAUUUGCAUGAAAUUGACAGGCAUUAUUAAAAGUAGCUAAGUCUCUAACUCAGUAUCCCCCAAAGUCUUCGACAUUGAAAACACAAAUUAUUUGUCAAUUUAAAUCAACAUUGAUGUUGUGAUCUUACUGGGAAAAUAUUGGCUUCUGAUAUUGUGUACCAUAAUGUGUUUCAGCGCCAUUUGUAACAAGGGUCUCAACGAAUGAGGCUAGACAUAUUCAAUAAGUCAUGUCAAACAGUGACACCAUAUUCUUAUCUGGAUAGCAUGCACAAUAAAUACUAUUGGUGUAGACUUUAAUAACCAGACACUAGAGAUUGCCAUUCGAUUGAUACUUCUGCCAUAUUUCGCCGAACAUAACUGAUUAGAAAUUACAGUAAAAACAGAAACGACUGAAUGUAAAUCAGUUUAUAUACAUGUACAUUCAUAUUACAUUAUUAUACAUGUAUGCAUUGCAACCCAUUUGUGUUAAUUUCUAGGUCUCAAAUAUUAGCGAUUUAGCUCCUUUAAAUUAGUUCAAUGGAGCAGUCUAUCGAUUUUCAACAGUUUUUGUCAAUCAAUUCUAGAGUUAAAGACCUCGUUGUGUUUCUUAUCUUUGUAAAUACUUUCACAAGAACUGCCACAAGCUAAAAUAAAAAAAACAGAAAUGAAAUGAAAUGAAAUGGGGUUUAACGUCCUACUGUUCUGCUCCUAUACUGGGCUAAUGAAGACGGGCAUACGCCAUACAGAGUGCUAUGAGGGAAAUUUUGCCCGGGCAGCGGCACUAUCGCCUACUCUUAUAUCGAAUUCCAACUGCCAGGGGAUCUUUUACGUGCAUUCCCAUAUAUACACGGGACCUCGGUUUUGUGUCACAUCCGAAGGAAUAGACAGCUGUCCUUGUCAGGGAAACCACGUCGGAAAAUCCUGAUGAACUUUCUCGGCCAAUGCCGGGAUCAAACACCCGACCUCCAGGGCUAGCGAGCCAGCGUCUUACCCACCUAGUCACCGUGGCUCCCAAAAUAAAAACCAGAUGGGAAAUAGUGAAGGAUCGGUAGGUAGUUGUCUUGUUUUUCAAAAUUAUAUUGUGUGCUUGUAAAGAUGAUACGGGCAAUAAAACACCACUUAUAUUAAAGUUUUA